AUGAGUGUUUUGGAGUACAACCUUCGCUUUAAUUUUUUGGCUAGAUAUGCUCCAGCUGUUGUAACUGAGAUGGAGGAUCAGGUUCACCGAUUCGUGAGCAGUUCGGGAUUGAAUUUGAUUAAUGAUCGCAUGAAGGCCUCGCUUCAGACAGGUAUGGAUAUUUUCCGCAUCCAGGCAUACGCUCAGAACCAUGAAGAGUGUAGGCAGCAGGGGAGGGCCGAGCGUGAGAAUGAUAGGGGUCAUAGUAAGAGAGCCAUAUCUUCAGUUUCUAUAUGUGUGUUCAAAGGCGGUCAGAGGCAGCAGUAUCCUAGGAAUUCAACCCAUUCAGUGGCUAGUGCGCCUCCGCAGUUCACAGGACCAGGUCAGCAUUCCAGAGCCUUAGGUUCUCGGUAUAGAGAUGAGUCAGGCCAGAUGAGGACACCUUUACCACGAUGCAAGUAUGCUAAGUUACAUGCUGGGCAGUGCCGUUUGGGCUCAGAUGUUUGUUAUGCUUACGGUCAGCCAGGUCAUAUUAUGCGUGAGUGCCCAUCAAAAGGUGGUAAAGGUACAGUUCAGCUCACUGGAUCAACAACUAGUUCGUCAUUAUCUGUACGCCCUUCGGGGCAAGUCUCUCAGACAUCAGCAAUCUGUGGUAGAGGAAGAAGGGGAGCGUCUAGCUCGAGCGGUCCUCAGAACUACAUUUAUAUAUGGGCUAGUCGACAGGAUCUUGAGUCUUCGCCUAAUGUUGUUACAGGACGGCGCUUGCUGAGUUGA